AUGAUCACAAAGAUGAUUACCGAUGGCAGAUUCACCGAAAGUACCCUCCCACCAGGAACUAGCUCGUCGAAUGCUAUCUUCGUCUCUCCACCAAUUUCACCUUCCUAUCCGACUCAAUCAACUCAACCACCCUACUAUUCUGCAUCCACACUACCCACUCAGUUCCGAAGAAUCCACGCCACGUCAUUCUUCCCAAACCAAACUAUAAACACAGUCUCCGCACCCGAAGAGACUCUAGACACCACAACAAGAAUCACGCUCUAUUCCCUAUUCUUCAUCAUAUCAUGCUGCGCGUUCUUCUCCCUCUGCUACUUCCUCCACCACCUUUGCAAAAUCCACGUAACCAAGCUUCGACAGCGAUAUAAUUACGAAUCUCACGGGGAAUUCGAAGGAUUGUUCACGCGACGAAUCUACUUUCGCUAUCGAACAUUUGAUGAGACUUCUCCGUAUGAUGCUGAGGAAAAUGGCCGUGCGGUUUCUUCAUCUAGGAGUACCGAGGAGUGGGAAUAUACCAAUCCUGUUAAUGAUACCAAGCCUACCAAAGUCAUCAAUGCGAUUAAUGCGACCAAAGCUAUCAAUGCGAUCAAUGCGAUUAAGUCUACUAAAGUUGCCGAAGCUGACAAGGCUGUCAAAGCUGUCAAAGCUGUCAAAGCCACCAAAGCUACCAAGCCCACCAAAGCCACCAAACCCAUCCAAACUACCAAAACGACCGAUAGCCACCACAGCGAGCCCGAACGGGAAAGCGCGCACUCCUCCCACCCAACCACACCCACGCGCCGCAAAGUAGUAUUUGCGAACCUCCCACGCCCCAUCCGACGACCACCCACGACCAAAAAACCAGGGGGCCUCCAAUUCGCCGCGUCACCCCCUCGACCGCGUCGUGAAAAUCUCCCAAAUCCCCCCAAACGAUUACGCAGUCCUCCGCUCCCCCCGGAUUAUCUGACCACCUCCAACGCGACCACUGCACCAUUGGGAAUCCCGGGCCAAGAGCCCUCUUCGUGGGUUGCUGGGUUACCUUGGUCAACGGCGGCGGAUGGUCCGCAUAUUGCUGAUGAGGGGACGAAGCAUAGGGAGAUGGCUCCGGAUGAUGAGAAUUGGGGAGAUAUUGAUAGGAUUAUUAGUGGUGAGCGCGAUCAAUAUGCUAAGGAUAAGAAAGUUCUAGAUGCUGUGAGGAGGAAGGAUAUGGAGGUGGAAAGAGAGAAUGGAUUGGUUCAAUCGCGAGAUGGAUGCGAUAAUUGUUCGACUGAUUCGGAUAGCUUUUGGGCUUAUUAG